AUGAGCCAGCCACAUUUGCCCCUCUUCGGCAUCCUUGCCUCGCUGGAUGUCGCAGAGCGCAACGCCGCGGCAUUGACACUCAUAAAGUCCCUUGCUGUCCUCCAAAACGCUCACAAAUGCGACAUUGAUCCCUCGGCCGAGGACAUCACCGAGGAGAAACUCGAUCAGCUUUGCCACCCCGAGGUCGUCUAUGCCCUCAAGCGUCUUAUCAGAGGUCUUCCCUCUGAUCGUGAGGCCGCCCGUCAGGGAUUCUCUCUUGCCUUGACCGAGUUGUUGAUCGGAUUGAACUUUUUAACUGUCAAGAUUGUGCUCGAGCUGUUGUUCCGUUUCACAGAGAUCAAGAACUUUAUGAAGGGCAAGGAGGAGAGGAACCACAUGUUUGGUCGCAUUUUCGGAUACAUGAGCAUUGUCCAGUCGGGCAUGCUCACCCGCCCAAGGACAUCUGCAGAAGACAUUCAACUCAUCGUUGACGACCUCGUCGAAUACUCCCAGGACAAAUCCUACCUCUCAGAGUGCUGUCACCAAGUCCUUGUCACCAUGCUCCCCCAGAUCGUCAAGCAUCCAAAGUCUAUCAAAUACGUCGUCGACACUCUCUUUGCGGACGGUGUCAACACUCCAGACCAGCUCAGCGUAGCCUUCGCCCUCCGGGAACAUCUGGACGAAGUCAACAAGCAAUUACCCAAGAACGAACAGAUCAACUGGACAAAGGCUCUCGGCAAAUCAUGGAAGAACCCCGUCCUCCUUCACUCCUCCAACUUGAAGUGCCUCGGCAUGUUGCUCAAGGAGACCUCAAGCGAGGACGGCACCCAGGCCUCAUCCAGCUGGAGACAGAACCUUCACCCAGUUUGGGAUCGCGUCCUCGCUCAGUACUUUGGCUCAUCCGCUCCCAACUCUCAGAUCGCCCCCUUCCGCGACUUUUGGAACGUUGUCAUUGAUUCUACACUCUUCGAUUCGAGCUCAUCGCACGAGCGCAAGUACUGGGGAUUCCAGAUCUUUGAAAAGGUGUUGCCUGUUCUAGGAGAGGACCAGAUUCCUCUUGUCUUCACCACCAACUUUAUGCGCUGCUUCGUGAACAACCUCUCGAGCGAGGAUCGUUUCCUCAACAAGGCUGCCAAGCACACCAUGACUGCCAUGCACGCCAAGGCCGACACCAACGAGGCCGUUCGCCUGACUUUGAUCACGCAGCUCUUGGACAGCAACCCCAACUUUGAUAGAAUGUCCCGCUCCAAGACUGUCGAGACCUUGUUGGGUGGUUUGGACGUCUCUCACAUCAAGCACUACCUCCAGUACCUCACUAAGGCCUUCUUGAACCAGGACGGACCCGACUCGAGCAACAUGGAGCGCGGUAAGCGUAUCGACAUCAGCAGACAGUGGACCAUCGACCAAAUGUUCUCCUUGUUCCGCAACCCCAAGGUUCCUAGGGAGGAGGGCUGGAUCAAGUCGAUCCUUGAGUUUUUCCUCAUGCACGCCUUCUUUGACAUCAAGAAGGUUGACGCCAAGAGCAAAUACACCGAGGCCCACGCUCUGCCCACCCCUGCCCUCUCUGCCGCCACUCGUGAGCACUGCAGGAACCGCUUCUACGGCAUGAUGGGUGAGCUCUCGACCAUGGCUCCCCUCGCCGCCAAGAAGGAGUCAGAUGAGGCCGAGACGGUCAAUUACAGCCGCAAGUUGAACGGCACUAUGCUAGAUGGAACUUUCUGGUGCUCCUUUGCCCUCCACAUGAUCGUCGAUCUUGAGAAGAACAAGAACUUUGAGAGCCUCGUCACCCUCGACGACGAGGCAGCCAAGGCCAAGAAGACCGCCCUUGCCCUCGUCACCAAGAUCCAGGACAAGGCCAAGAAGGCCUCCAAAGAGCUCAAGCCCCAGUACAAGGCUUUCGAGCUACUCUUUGUCCAGAUGAUUCUUCAGCUGUACGUCGAGCCCGAGGAUUCGACCAACAUUCUUGGAGAGUUGCACGACUGUUACGACAAGGUCUUUGCUGCCCCCAAGAAGGCUAACGGCAAGAAGGCUGCCUCGAACGAUGAUGAUGAUGAUGAGGAAGAGAUCCAGCCCGUUGAGGUCAUUGUCGAUAUCUUGCUCAGUUUCUUGAUCAAGCCCUCCGCCUUGCUUCGCCAUGUCUCUGAGCAGGUCUUUGUUAUCUUCUGCGACAAGAUGACCAAGACUGGAUUGGAGCUGAUGUUGUCGACCCUUCAGACCAAGGACAACAAGGACGACAUGUUUGGUGAGGAGGAGGAGGAUGAUGAUGCCGAGGCUGAUGCCCACAACCACUCAGACGACGAUGAUGAGGACGGUGACUCAGAUGAGUCUGAUGAGUCUGAGGAUAUGGAUGUUGACGAGGAUGAGGACGAUAACGCCCCUGUCGAUGAGGAGUUCAGGAAGAAGCUUGCCGCCGCAUUGAACGUCAAGGAUGCCGACGACGAAGAUGAGUCUGAGGAGGAGCUGUUGGACGACGACCAGAUGAUGGCUUUCGACGACAAACUGAACGAAAUCUUUAGGCAGAAGAAGUUGGCCAAAGCCCAGCAGAAGGACGCCAAGCAAACUCUCAUCCACUUCAAGAACAAAGUCCUCGAUCUCUUGGAGCUUUAUAUCAAGAAGCAGUCUUCCAACGAGCUGGUUCUCGAUCUGAUUGUGCCCUUGCUGUCGCUUGUCCUCAUACCCUCGGCUGCCAACAAGCCCGUCCACGACAAGAUCUCGGCUCUUCUCCGCAACAAGCUUGCCAAAAUCAAGGACUACCCCCGCGAUGUGAACGACGAGGCAGUGUUUGAGAUCCUGAACCAGGUCCACGAGCUCGCCAAGAAGUCGCCCGACGCCAAGUUCUCUGGAUUGUGCGGUGAUCUGUCGGUUCUUUUGGUCAAGGUCCUCAUUGGUGGCCAGGACGAGAAGACUGCCGUUGGUGAGACCAUGGUCGAGGCCCCUGUCAAGAAGACACGUGGCACCAAGGGCAAGACUGCUGCCGCCAUGGACCCCGAGGAGGCCGCUCUCAAGGCCAAGCAGGACCGCAUUAUUGCUCUUUACAGCGAGAGCUUGAGGGAGUUUAUGACGCGCAAGAACUCGAACUUGUCGAGCAAGAUGUUUAUGGAGUUUAUUGAGCGUUUCCCUCACCUUGCAUGGCACCUUUCGAGCACGCUUCUUGCCUACACCAACCCCAAGGCGACCGUCAAGUCGUUCCGUCAGGCCAUGGCUUUCAACAUGUUGUCUGCUCUUGUCAAGCGUCUAUCGAACAAAAAGACGCCCAAGUUUGAGGAACUAUUCUUGCAGACGCUUCCCUUGAUCCGAGGCUCUUUAAUCGAGACUUUUGAAGGAGCAUUUGUGGAAUCGACCGGCGAGGAGGCCAAGUCUGCGAAGGGAUUGAACGUUGCUCGUCUGCGUGAGAUUCUCAAAUUUGCGAUUUUGUCGGCAAGGAUGGUCAAGCGUGCAGAGGACCUUGACGUGACGGAGAUCUGGGAGACGGAGAAGCUUGGACCGUUGCUGCAGAAGAUCAGCGAGGACGGUCGGUUUAACAGCGGCGCGCUUCGUUCGUUGAUUCAGCAGAUGCUGGGGUUGAUUGGAUCGGAUAUCAAGUUGCCAACGGGGUCGACGAAGAAGCAGGAGAAGCAGCAGAAGCGGAAGCAGGAGGCUGAGGCGGAGGAGAAGAAGGGCGGAUCAAAAAAGAAGGCGCACCGGUCGAAGAAGCGCAAGGUUGGAGGCGACAAGAAGGAGAGCGUUGAGGCAUAA